AUGGCAGGUGAACGGCGCGAUAGUGUUGGUUCCUCUGCGUUAAGUAAGUGUGAAUGUAGAGUGUACUAUCAUCAAAGUGAUGAACAUACUUGUGUCUUGGUUGAUCUAUGUACGUUGAUUAAUGCUAGUGCUUGUCAACCCAAUGCUGAGUGUUACAUGGUUACACCCGGACAAACUGGAUGCAGGUGUAAGCAGGGAUAUGUUGGUACUGACAUCUGUACUGGCAAUAUUAUGCAGCAUUUGCGUAGAUUGAACACUGACACUGAGGGCAGUCUCUAUCAACAAUUAACUACAGGUAUUGUUUUGCUUGAAGCUGCUGACCUAGGGGUCAUGUUGAGCAGUGUAAACUCCUACUUUACAUUAUUCAUACCAAAUGAGGGCGCUUUUGACAAAAUGGAUCAACAGGUUUUAGAUGAAGCCAGGAAUGAUAGGGAGUUUGCACGUUACUUGAUGAAGAUGUUCAUUGUUCCAAUUCAACUGGACUCUCAGAACCUCAUCAAUGCUGGCUAUGUCUUUAACUUGCUGGGUUUUCAAGCAGAAGUUGUUUUAGAUCAGGAACAUAAUGAGUUAAAAUAUAGUCUUGUUUCUGAGAUGAAGGUUGCCACAUUGAUUUCUACGAACCUGGUUGCUUCCAAUGGGAUAAUUCAUGUACUGAAUCAAGUGUUGUUUACCAAACCGCCCAUUGCCAGCAAUACAUCAAUUACUUUAUAUGAAAAGAUAUCUGAAGAAGAUAAUUACCACCAAUUUAAGAAGUUUUUAGAUCUUUUUAAUUUCAAUUUCUUGCAAGAGUCUGAUGGUCCGUACACUGUUUUUGUUCCUGUCAAUCAGGCAUUUGAAAACCUCACUGAAGAGGAAUUACAGUUUCUUCUUUCAGAACAGGGUACUGGGAAGCUACAAAACAUUAUUGAAAAUCAUAUCAUCACAGAUACACAGGUGUCGAUCGACGCAUUUCUGACACAGCGACGUUUAGUUUCAUUGUAUGGUUCAGAUCUUAAUCUUUUUGUGUCCAGUAAAGGUGAGUUGGAUGUCUCAUCUCAGUCUACUAUCACACUAACUGAUGUGCUUGCAAAAAAUGGAAUUAUACAUGAAGUAUCAAACCUAAUAAUACCAAAUGAUGUUGAGCCGCUUGUGCCUGCAUGGUGCAACACUACUUCCUACCAACUCAUACAGGGAAUUUGUGGAAGUUGUGUUGAACUGGAAAUGCUGAUGUGUCCCGUAGGAAGUGUCAAAGUCAACAAUGAUACCAUGAGAGGCUGUCUAUUCACGUACCGGUACAGCAACAUAGAGUUGCAGCAAGUAGGCUGCUCUCUCCUUUGUAAUCAAACUAUCAUUGUUCCUCUUGCUGCCAUCUCAUAAAUACCAAGUACAAACAAGUAACCCUUGUCACAGGGAAAGCAGCACACAGCAAUUAAGUUUGCAUUUUAUUUAUCUUGUCACCAAUGAGGGUUUUGUUUAAUUGACUAUUGUGUGUGUUUUGUUAAUGGUUUAAUGAAUAGCAAAAUAGAUUAACUUGUUAGACCAUGUCUGUGAAUACUUUAUUUGUCAAUGCAUGAGUGCUGUAUAUAUAGCUUAAAAUAGAUUAAAUUGCUAGUCCAUGUCUGUGAAUAGUGUAUUUAAUAGUACAUGCAUGAAUGCUGUAUAUAUAGCUUUAAUGUCUGUGAAUAGUGCAUUUGAUAGUACAUGCAUGAGUGCUGUAUAUAUAGCUUUUAUGUCUGUGAAUAGUGUAUUUAAUAGUACAUGCAUGAGUGCUGUAUAUAUAGCUUUAAUGUCUGUGAAUAGUGUAUUUGAUAGUACAUGCAUGAGUGAUGUAUAUAUAGCUUUGAUGUCUGUGAAAAGUGUAUUUGAUAGUACAUGCAUGAGUAUAGCUUUAUAUAUAUAGCUUUAAUGUCUGUAAAUAGUGUAUUUGAUAGUACAUGCAUGAGUAUAGCUUUAUAUAUAUAGCUUUAAUGUCUGUAAAUAGUGUAUUUGAUAGUACAUGCAUGAGUGCUGUAUAUAUAGCUUUAAUGUCUGUGAAUAGUGCAUUUGAUAGUACAUGCAUGAGUGCUGUAUAUAUAGCUUUUAUGUCUGUGAAUGGUGUAUUUAAUAGUACAUGCAUGAGUGCUGUAUAUAUAGCUUUAAUGUCUGUGAAUAGUGUAUUUGAUAGUACAUGCAUGAGUGAUGUAUAUAUAGCUUUAAUGUCUGUGAAAAGUGUAUUUGAUAGUACAUGCAUGAGUAUAGCUUUAUAUAUAUAGCUUUAAUGUCUGUAAAUAGUGUAAUUGAUAGUACAUGCAUGAGUGCUGUAUAUAUAGCUUUAAUGUCUGUGAAUAGUGUAUUUGAUAGUACAUGCAUGAGUGCUGUAUAUAUAGCUUUAAUGUCUGUGAAUAGUGUAUUUGAUAGUACAUGCAUGAGUGCUGUAUAUAUAGCUUUAAUGUCUGUAAAUAGUGUAUUUGAUAGUACAUGCAUGAGUGCUGUAUAUAUAGCUUUAAUGUCUGUGAAUAGUGUAAUUGAUAG